AUGGCGUUGAGCAUCCUGGUGUGCAGAAAGACCUGGGGCUUGGGCAACCACUCGGCCCGGCCGCCAGCAGCGCGCAUCGCAGCUCUUCUGCCAGUCCCCAUCGAAAGGAGCUCCGACCUCUGCUAUGGUGCAGCUUCCUCUGUGCUCGAUCCGGACAGCCUGGGCGGGGUCACCCGGUCGGGGGCAAGGAGCCGUCACUCGCCCGCCGGGGCCCAGGGAGGGGGCUGGGGCCGGAGGCGGAGUCGCCCCCCAAUCUGCUUCUUGCGCAUCCGUGACGACGGCUCAGUGGACUGCGCGCGGGGCCAGAGUGUGCACAGUUUGCUGGAGAUCAAGGCAGUCGCUUUGCAGACCGUGGCCAUCAAAGGCGUGUACAGUGUCCGCUACCUCUGCAUGGACGCCGACGGCAGGAUGCAGGGGCUGCCCCAGUACUCCGAGGAAGACUGCACUUUCGAGGAAGAAAUCCGCUCUGAUGGCCACAACGUGUACAGGUCCAAGAAGCACGGCCUCCCUGUCUCCCUGAGCAGUGCCAAGCAGAGACAGCUGUAUAAGGGCAGGGGCUUCCUGCCCUUGUCCCACUUCCUGCUCAUGAUGCCCAAGACCUCAGCAGGGCCUGGAAACCCCAGGGACCAAAGGGACCCCAGGGACCAAAGGGACCCUGACACAUUCUCGUUGCCCCUGGAAACUGAUAGCAUGGACCCAUUUGGGAUGGCCACCAGGCAUGGGCUGGUGAAGAGUCCCAGCUUUCAAAAAUAACAAGGCUCUGGCGUCCCCCAUGUCCCUGAGGACCAGGACACCAAAUCUGAGUGGGCUCUGCCGUGCAUCUACAAGAACAGUCUUGAUUCCAUGUCCUGUUUAGCUUUAGGAAGAAACAUGUAGAAGUUGUACAUAUCCAGAGUUGUGCAUUGGCUGUGCCCGUGUCUAGCAGAUAGACUUGUAAGAUUGUAAAUUGUAAGCCCUCUGCCUGCCUAGCUGCUACCUGAACCCCCCACCCUGUCCCCUGUAGUUGCUGGACAGUUGCUGUGCUUCCCUGGUCCUACUGAAAUAUCUCCACCGAUGGGGAGUUCUCUCCCUUUGGAAACAUUCUUAGGCCAAGGUGAGACUCUCUCAUUCUUUCUCAGCCUUGGCAGCAGGGUAACCAGGAGACAUGCAGUCACUUUAAACUCGUGUACAGGUGACCCGCUCCAUGGGGUAGUGGGUAAAUCCAAGCUGAAUGCAUGUCUGAAUUGAUCCGGGUCCCAACUCCAUGGACUGUUUGCUUCCCAUACAUCGCUCCAGGCCAGAACAGACUGGGGACAGUCAUGGCUUACCAGGCUUCAGGAGUUGGGGAGGCCCAGACCCCCUUCUCAGCCCUGAGAGAUCUUGAGAACUACUCUUGAGGCUGAACUGCUUGUGGUGGUCUGCUCCAAGGCAGAUAAGACAGUUCACCCA